GAAUACCGAAAAAAUGAAUCAAAAAUCAGAAAUAUUUCUUGGCCGCCCACGUCAUGAAGUGGGCUGGCAAUUUGUUAUUUGGCAUCGCUCCUGACCUUGCCAUGUCCAUGAACGUUUGGGGAAGACCCAGCGAAUGUCCGUCGACCUCGUCUCCACCAUUAAAUUUGCAGCAGCAACAGGUUUAUCCAUUCGGUUUACAGAGUGAUUUGGGAAAUUUCGGAGUACGACCUCCAAAGGUGUACCCGGAUUCGGAAUAUGUUUACGGUCGAAGUCGGAGGUCGUCGCGACAUCGAAGCCACUCGCCCACUGGUAUCAGGGGUGAAGAGGUGCUUCCUUGUAGCACCUCUUAUAACUCUCUUACGUCACCCGGAGCAAUGCCUUCGGGUGGUAGCCUGACGUCUAGCAUUAACGAUCUGUCUUUCGAGGCAGAACAGUUGGAAAGAGCCAUUAGACACAACGAUCCGGCGUUCGUUCGAAGAAUGCUGGAAAUACACCACGGGAGGUUUCCCGUCAAUUUACACGGUAGUUUGUUAGAUAAAUCCAGUUGUGGAUCUCACAGUCAUUGCGUCAGUCAGGAUGUGGAGAUCCUGUUAAGGAAGAGUCAAACGCUUUUGGAUCGACUGGACAGGAGAGAAAGCAUGUCCACCGAUCAGGAAUCACCACCGAUUUUUUCUAACGCUCUACACCUGGCCAUCGAACACAACUCGGUGGACGUGGCUAGGAUAUUAUUAAAAUACGGUGUAGAUCCCAACGAAGGCGGAGUGCCCAUAGAAACCGGCGAUCCUUGGAGAAGAGAGAGUUAUUCUGCCACAUCGGAAGAUAGUUGCCCCGAAAGGUGUCGACGACCGAGCCAUCUUUUAAGUCCGGGCACUGCUAAAUUUCUAGUCGCUUCUAGUCCUAGUAAUAAUAGUGAUCUUAGUAACGAUAGUUGUUCUCCGAUAGCCGUAACUCCUCCCAGACAUUACAUCACCAUUAAUACGGACUUGCAACCAUCUCUAAAAACUAUUUAUACCGGUAUGGACGGUCGACAAGUGAGUUACGACGAAGAGUAUAUUAGAGAUACAUUAUAUUUACUUCCUCCUAUAUAUCUAGCCGUGGCUCUCGGUAACGAUAUUAUGGUACAUUUGUUACUAAAAUAUGGAGCAAUACCUAAUGUCCAAGAUCAACACGGAGUUACGCCUUUGCACUUAGCCGCUUGUCAGUCGAGGAUCCCUUGGCAAUGCGUGCGUCAUAUAUUAGAAAGCGGUGGACGUCUUGCAAUUUGUAAUCGUCAAGGAGUUACGGCCUGUGAUAUGGUCGACCAAGAUUUAAAAAAAUAUCAGAUUUCUCUCAUUGACGAUGCGCUCUCUUGGCUCGUUCCUCCUCAGAGUGCUCCUCCUUCUGUGGUUGCACCUUCCACGCCGGCUCCACAAAUGGUGGCGGCCGAAGACGGAUUUCUUUUUGGUUCUAAUUUUCGUAGCAACAUAUUGAAAAGAUUCCAAGCCGUACCACCGGAUCAAAAGCUACAGCAGCGUCAAACACCCUCUAGGAAGAGAGACUUUCUUUCGGUCGACGAUAUGAAUCGAGUCUCGCCCGAAGGCAUUUCGUGUUCGUCACACGCCGAGUCUCUUCACAGUCGCCAUAGCAACAAGAGCAUUCAAAGCGGGGACGAAGACAAGAUGGGAGCUGCCGAAACUCCUUCCUUAGAUCAAAGUAUCCAGUCAGUUAAAACAGUGAGGAAAGUAGUAGAAGAGGGAAAAAUUCGCAAUCGCCUUCCUUCCAACGAAAAUGAUAAAAAUUACGCCGAGAAAAUCGAAAGCAGUUUACAAGUACUGACAAAAAUGGCGUCAAAUCCAGAGUGUUUGACGUCCAUUUUGAUUGGAAUGCAAAAUCAUUUGACAAAUAUGAUCGAAUUGACCAAUCAGGUUGACGGAGAGAAAUUCCAUCGACCGGUAGCAUCUCUACUUAAUAAAUUAUUACUGACAAUAAUAGAAGAACACGCGCAAGAUCAUUUAUCUAAUAAAAAGAAAGAAUACUUAAGUCUUCAAUUAUGCCAAUUAGUUAGAGUUUCGAUCGGUUAUCUUCGAGGAGGCCAAGCGCUUCAAUAUACGGCAUUACUGAUCCUUAAUAAAGUCAUCGACGUUUGCGUAUCUUACGGAGUGGCCAGAUGUAAAGUAAAAACCGGAACUAGUAUUAAAAUCCACCACUCUCCCCAUUUUCGCCAUUCGUCGAGUUUCAAAGAAAAUCACCGAAUACAAUCCUCGACUCCUACUUGUUCUUCUCACGUAUUGCCUUGGAAAUUUACGCGUGCGAGAAGUUCCGAUGCCAAAUGGUGGAGUCACGGAUGGAAAAUUGGUACUAAAGAACAGGGUUCUACCACCGAAACAAAUAUACCCGUAUCCGAACACGAAGAAGAGAUAGAAGUUAGCGAAUCCGUUUUAGACAUUAUGACCGAUCAAGGAAUCGAUCUAAUGCUCAACAUUCUCAAUAAUGCCAUUACUCUCCACAAAAGAGUCGUGGGUACGAGACAACAUUGUACUCCCAGUCAUAGGUGGCGUCAUUGCAGCUACCAUUGUCUUCAAGUUUUGAGUGCUCGAUCCUUACUCUAUAUCAGUCAGUCGGAAGAUGGCCAAAAGAAAUUAAUGCAAGACGGCCAUUUAAGGAUAUUAGUUGCUGCCUUAGAUUCAACCCACGAUCCACAAUUACUUUGCCUUAUACUUCAAACCGUGGCUACCUUGGCCUUAGAUCCAUCUUAUCAUCCUACGUUGUUGGAAUCAGAUUUGACCGAUAAUCUCACUCAAUUGGUGCUGCCUUCUGACGAGUGGUACUACACAAACCACAGUACCAAAUAUGCCCGGUAUGUGAAGCACCACGCCGCCAGAAUUCUAGUGUAUAUGGGAUUGGAACAGAGAUUAAGACAGAAGGUUUAUCUGUUUGAUUUGCUCGAGGAGGCGGUUCCUCCCCCGACUCCUUUGAUGGACUCCAACGAGGACACUUACAUUAUGGAGACGUCGUUAGCACCAUCUAUUAUCGCCAAUAGCAACAACCAAAUAGCCGCCGCUUCUCUGGAAGCCAUUAUCUUGGAAUUGUUAAAAGACGUCGAGAAGAGAAUGAAAAAAGACGACACUUGGGAAGACGAAGAUAUUAUAAGUAGACACCAUAGAGAUCACGAUUCGAGUAGAGCACGGUCUGUGCCAAGAGGAAGUACUAUUUAUUUUCUCUCGGGAUUACCCUUAGUCAUUCACCCUUUAGUAGUGAUCAGACUACUGAUGCAUCGAUUGCUCGGAUGUCCAAUUCAGAAUCGCGUAAUCAGAACCACUUCCAAGUCGAGUAUGUUGUCGGUAGAAAACAGAAGUAAUUCCAGUUUAAUCGAGAAUGAGGAAUCGCUUAGAGGAAGACGUAAAGUUAAUUUGAGCAUAAAUUGUAUUGUUUCUCAACAAUCCAAAACCGAUCAUAACAAGGUGGUAAUUCAAACUCCGGAAGCUCAGACAAUACCUACCUUUACGGAGAACGACGGUCAAACCACUCCACCCAUUUCUCCCUUAUCUUACGUUAAAAGAAGUUUCAGGUUUUCUAGUCUAAAACGAAAAAAAUUUAAACAGCAAUUUGCCGAAAAUAUUUCUUCUCCCUCCGAGAACGAAGAGACAAUUCUAGCUUUUCAACGUGAAAUUCAAAAUCUUCCACAAUUUGACGUUCAGCCUAAUCCUAGACCUUCGGAUAUCGUCGCAUCCGUAGCACGUCCACGAUCCUGUUCCGUGCCUCGAGUGACUUUUCAUAAUUCUCUCCAACUUCCCGGUUCUCACGCUCAUGGCCCUUUAAUCCGUAGUGCUACAACCGAAGGCACUUACACUUCCACAAAUAAAACUCCUUCCAUAGUCCCAUCAGUUAAUGCCAAUCAAAAUGCAAGUAAUCUAACAUCAGUCAAGCCGAACGAUACUCUGCAAAAUCACCGCGUGGUUCUUAGAUUACUUUACGAAUGGGUGACGUUUUGUCAUCAGGAUUUCACGCAAAAUCCACUGGUGUGUCACGAAUUACGAGAGUUUCUCCAACGUCUUAAUACAAUGGGAAAUCCGUACGGCUCCUUUGCCGAAGAAUUGAGAUUAGAAUUGGAUAUACACGAAGAAGAAGGGAAUACGGAAAAAAGAAACGAUGUGGACGAUAUCGACGACGAGUAUAGAAAGUUACAACAGUUUGUAGUGAAUGGUGACUUACCUUGUUCUAAAGAAGAAGCAGCAGUUUUAGCAGGAAUUCAACUUAGAAUUGAAGAAACAUGGCCAACUAGCAGGAAAACAUCAAAUAGAUUGUCAAGUGAUCAGAGCAUGAAACUAAGGCCAAUUACUGAAGAAACUAAGGAAUCAAUUUGUCAAGAUCAUAGUGUCCUAAACACAGAAAAUAAAAUAAUUAUUGAUUCUGAAGGAGAUGAUCUGAAUAAUUCCCAUGAAAACUCUAACCAUACAACAUACUGUACAUUUUGGAGAGCUGCUAAAAGUAGUAGUAUUCUUAAACAGUGGAUGAGUGCAAAUGGUAAUAAGCCUUCACUUGUGUCUACCACUAUAAAUAUUAAAGAAUGUUUACCUCCUAUGUAUCACAACAUGAAAAAUAUGAUAAAGAUUAUCAAGGAACAAAAACGAAAAUUAUUUCAUUCACCAGUUUAUGAAAGUGAAUUGCAUUUAAAGAAGCUUUAUAUUCAAACAUGCAAAAGACUUCCUGCUUAUGGAUGUAAAAUGUUUCAAGUGAAAGAAUUCCUUAGAGGAAAAACUAAAAAAAAGGCAACCAGAUUAUUAGGCAUUGGAUUAGAAAGAAUAGUCUUGCUUGAUAAUAAAACAUUAUUGCCUGCUAAAAUGCAGAUGACUAGUGAACUUCAACAGUGGCGAACAGGUGGUGGUCGUUCUCAUGAUAGAUUAGUAUUAGAAUUUCGAGGCACAAAAUGGUCUUUUAUUACACCUUCUCAAAUAAUGCUGCGUUCUAUCAGUACUGUACUGUGGGAGAUAAUGCAAGAUAUUGAUACACGAUUUUUAGAUCAACAUCUUAUUGUUACAAGACAACAAUUAGAAUUAGAGAGCAGAAAAAGUCUUGUUCUGCAUCAUGGAAUGGAAGGAGCUACAAUAUACAAAGAUGAACUAGAACAAUUACAGGCCCUUCUUCACUUUCCAGAAGAGGUAGCCUUACAAUUAACAGAAACAGAAUAUGAAUUAUUUUAUAAAGUUGCACCAGUUCAUUACAUUAGACAAGUAACAGUGGAUCUUAGUCAUUACUCUAGAUCUUCCAGUGACUACAGCGUACAAAGUUUGAUUAAAAGAUUCAAUGAGGUGAGUUCCUGGGUAUCUCAUAUCAUUAUUUCUCAACCUACUCAUGAAGAUCGCAAAGCUGUAUUAUCUUGUAUAUUAAGAGUUGCAAUUUGUUGUUGGAAUCUUGGAAAUUUUAAUUCAGCAGUUGAAAUAUUAGCAGGUUUGAAAUCAGAAAAAUUAAAACCAUUCUGGCUAUCCAUAUCUGAUCAAUUAACUGUUCUAGAUAUGUUGACUGAUGCACUAUUAACUUCAGAACCUUCAUUAGAAUAUCAAGAAGCAGUUGAAAGAGCACUUGCUAUUCCACACAGUAAAGUUAUUCCAUUUUUUGGUACAUUUUUGAGAGAUUUGCAAGCUGUUUUACAUGGUAUGCCAAGUCUUAUUGUAUUGCCAGCAUACAAUACUCAAAAUCUAGAGUUUAUAUCAGAUUUUCAUGGUGAAGAUCACUUUAUGUCAAGAAUUGGAGUAGGAGGCAUCAUUAAUGUUGAAAAAAUUACCCAUGCUCACCAAAUAUUAGAUGAUAUACAAACAUUUCAUAUUCAUGCUCAGCAAAGACUUCAGACUAUGAUAGAGAUAGCAACAAAGGAGAUUAAUGACAAGAAUGGACUUAUUGAGCAAAAUGAUGAUUUUUAUGAAAUAGAUAUAGGUGCAUACAGACCCAUUCAACCACUGAGUUAUGAUCAUGGAGUUAGUUUUGUACCACUUACAGAAAAGUCUGUUGAUUUUCAUAAUCUUCAAUGUUUACAUCAUGGAACAACUGUGAUCCAUCUGGAAGAAGAAAGAACUCGUUCAGUUCUUUGUUAUCUAAAAUUAGAAAGAAGUAAUUCUUUAUUAACAUGGUGUAAACCAGCUUGGAGUUCUCUUAGACCAAGUGGAUCUCAAGAUUAUUCCCUUAAUUUACAUAUUGAAGAACCAGUAUCACCUGGUUUGCUUUUAAAGUAUGACAGUAAUGAAAUAGCAAUAAAUAACCUAGAAGAAGGUUUUAUUGAUUUGGGAUAUGUUAAAGAAAUUACACUUGGACAAAGCAAUAUUGAUAUAGGAGCUCUUUGUCGUCGACAUGGAUUAGAAGAAACUAUGCUUGAUCAAAACUGUAUUAAACUUUUAUAUGGAACUAAUCUUUCUGAUAAUAGGACAAUUGAAUUCUUUGCUCCCAAAUUAGUUGCACGAGUAUGGUAUGAAGGUUUACGUCAGUUAAUACAUCUUUUAAAAAGGCAAUAUCAGCUUUGUGAUAGAAGGAUUCAUUGGUUGAAAGAACAAUACCUGUAUUUAUAUUUUGAAGAACAAGCAUGCAUUGGUCCAACACCAGCUGAAGCAAUUAAGGUUUUUGGUGGACGUAAAUGGACUCUUGGUUCUUUGGGUAGCAGUUGUUCGUCUAUGGAUGUAUCUUUGCCUGGUUUUAAACGUGCUUCUAGUUUUGGUGUUGGAACAACUAAGUUAAGAAAGAAGAAAUCUACAACAUCACUUGCAGCAAUUAGAGAUGGUAGUCCAAAAUCACAAUUCAGUGCUUCGUCUGAACCUCAGUCAGAUGUAACUUUACGAAAACAAAGUCCUACUACAAAACAUCGUCGUUCUGGUGUUAAAUCUAGUCCUCAACUUCAUGGUGAUCAGGUAUUAGAAUGUGGUUCAACCAGUCCUCAGCAUGGCAGCAGUCCUCCUUCUGCUUCCUCAUGUGAAAAUAUUAUGAAGUUGUCAUUAGGGAGUCCAGUUAUGCAUUCAUGCUUAUCAACUAACCCUAGCAGAGAACGUCUUUGUCAAAGAGCAUCUACUGGAGCAAUUACUGGAACUAAUGGUGAUAGUCCUCCUCCUAUUCUUUGUCGUCCAGCCAUUACUCAUUCUAGUCAAAUGGAUUUUGUUGAAUUCACAGAAUUAUUUAGAUCUUUUUUAGUACGCUCUCGAAAAGAUUUGAAAGAUCUUUUUGAACAGAUUGCCUUAAAAACACAGGGAAAGUCUCAGAACGAAGAUGGAUCAUUGUAUAUUGAAACUACUAUUUCAUCAUCAUCUAAAAUGCUGGGUCUUCUUACAAGAAAUACUCCACUUGAUUAUUGUGAUAAUAAUCAGAGAAAAAAAAUCUGUGAUGCAAUUGCUGCAGCAAGUAUAGUAUCAAAUUGUGCAGGAGUGGAUACUUCAAAAACUUUAAUGUUAGGACUUCAAGAUUUUAAGCAUUUUUUGGCAACCUAUCAAGGCGAAGAUUUAUCAGAACAAGAUAUUGCUCAUAUUAUUCAAAAACACGAACCAGAUCCAGUUAUGCGAAGUCGUUUGUACUUAUCAUUUGAAGGAUUUGCUCGUUAUUUGAUGGAUAAAGACAGUUUUGCUUUUGUUCCAGAAAUAAUGCUUCCUAAUGAAAAUGAUAUGGAUCACCCAUUGAGUCAUUACUACAUUGCUUCUUCUCAUAAUACAUAUCUUACUGGACAUCAGUUGAAAGGAGAAUCAUCUGUGGAAUUGUAUAGUCAAGUAUUGCUAACAGGUUGUAGAUGUGUAGAAUUAGACUGUUGGGACGGUGAUGAUGGAUGGCCAGUAAUUUACCAUGGACAUACAUUAACUACAAAAAUAUCUUUUAGGAAUGUUGUUGAAGCAAUUAAUAAAAGUGCCUUUGUUACAUCUCCUUAUCCAGUAAUAUUGUCAAUUGAAAAUCAUUGCUCUAUACAACAGCAAGCAAAAAUGGCAAAAAUAUUUACAUCUGUAUUUGGAGAGAAAUUAGUUACUACUUUUCUUUUCGAAUCUGACUAUUCAGAUGAUCCUAUAUUACCAUCUCCUAACCAAUUGAAAUAUCGAAUUUUAAUAAAAAAUAAGAAACUGAGAACACCUCUCACACCUGCAUUACCAUUAAAAAAUAAAGCUGUCUCAGCUCCAAGUCGUACCAACAGUAUCAUAUCAACAACUAGUACUGGUUCUUUAAAUGAUGAUGAUGAUGAUGAUUAUGAUGACGACGAUGAUGACGAAGAAUUAUUAGAAGUUCGAACUGAAUCUAUAUCCAGUCAAGAAGGAUCUGGAUCUGGAAAAGAUAAAGCUUUGAGUCCUUGUACUGGAAUUUCUUCAAGGCCUCGUAGUCAGUUAGACAUGACAACUGAUGUUUGGCAUACAGAUGACGAAAUUGCAAAACCUCAAAAAUCAAGCAGUCAGAUUGCACCUGAACUGUCUGAAAUUGUAAUUUAUUGUCAAGCUAUUAAAUUUAGAGGAUUCAUUACUAGUUCAAGUCCCACCAAUUCUGUCAAAGCUAAGAAGACAGCAAAUAGAAAGAAUCUUCUUCCAGCAAGUAGUUCUGUUCCUACACCAUUAAGUCAACCUCUUCAAACAGAAACCAAACAUGAAACAUCUCCUGGAAAAAGACCAUGUUUAUCAUCUCCUUGUUAUCAAGUUUCAUCAUUAAAUGAAAACACUGCAAAAAAGUUAUGCAAAAGACAUCCUUUAGCUCUUAUUACUCAUUGUGAAACACAACUGAUGAGAACAUAUCCAGCAGGAAUGAGAAUUGAUUCUUCAAACUUUAAUCCUGUAAUAUUCUGGGCAUUUGGAUUACAGAUGGUGGCAUUAAAUUAUCAAACAGAAGAUACUGCAUCACAUAUUAAUACUGCAAUGUUUGAACAGAAUGGUCGAUGUGGCUAUGUCCUUAAACCCCGAGUUAUGUGGGAUCAUUCACUGAUGAUGCACGGCCGUUUCAACCCCUGGGACAAAGAAUUUGAUGGCUUACACUCUAUUAGUAUGACUAUCACGAUAAUAUCAGGACAGUAUGUAUGCCCAUCAACUCAUACAGGAAGUCCACAAGUUGAAAUGGAAAUUAUUGGCAUUCCAGUUGAUUGUAAUAGACAGAAAACAAAGUUGGUUCAAAGAAACUCAUUAAACCCUAUCUGGAAUGAUUCCUUUCAUUUUAAAGUUACUUUCAUCGAUUUGGCAUUUCUGAGAUUUUCUGUUACGGAUAUGAGUACAAAUCACGUCACAGCUCAAAGAGUUAUUCCAUUAAUAUGCUUAAAACAAGGUUACAGACAUGUUCGACUAAAGAAUCUGCAAAAUCAAGCUUUGCCACUGUCUACGCUAUUUAUUUAUUCUGUUUGGGAAGAAGAAGGUUUGGAGCUUCCGGUUGUAAAUGGAGAUUUACACGACAGUGGAAAAAAAUUGAAAGGAAAAAUCAAUUUAUCCGCCGGCGAAAACGGGAAAGCCGAAACGAAAGAUCUAUCAACAACUGGAGUACCUAUGAAAAGAAGAAUGUUUUUCUUAAUGGUUCACGGAGUCGUACCCGACGAACCUAGCACUAUAUUAAAAAUUACUCAAGACAGCACAACGAAAGAAGUAAUUGCUCAGGCUCUUAUGAAAGCAAAUAAAUUAAAUGAAAAUCUUGACGAUUAUGUUCUUAUUGAAGAAGUUCAAAGAGGAUGGGAAAAGUCUAAUCAGGAAAAAUCAACUCAAAGAAUACUUGAUCACGAUGAACAUCCAUUAGAAGCUCAAGCAAAAUGGCAAGGAGAAGGAAAAUUUAUUUUGAAAAAACUUGGAAAUGAUCCAAGUACUCGAGCGUGGAUGACCACUAUUCAAAGUUCGGCAAAUAAGGAGAGAAAAAAACUAGAUGCGGAAAUGAGUGGAGACGAACUUCACGAUUGGGGCGAGGACGAAGAUACUUUUCUCGUUUGUGUAUAUAACGUAUCACCCGAUCAGCCUUAUGCAAUUUUAAAAGCUCCAACGUCAAGUACAGCACAACACAUAUUAUCUCAGGCUUUAUUAAAAGCUCAUCGUAUGGAAGAUCCGUCGAAAUUUGUCUUGGUAGAAGAGUUAGAGUAUCCCUCCGUGGCCGAGAGUACUUUUACCGGAUCGGUCCGCAAACGAACUUCUCAACGUGAAAGAAGAACUUUGGACGAUAACGAGAACGUAUAUUUGGCACAGGCAAAAUGGAAUACCAAGGGAUGGUUCGAACUUAAAGUUAGAGAAGAAGUAGUAGAAGAAAAAAAGAGGCUCUCUCUUAGUAGAAGUUCUCCCUUAGGAAGACUAGGGAAAAUAAAAAGUCCUUCCAAACACAGAGAAAUAAAACGAUCUUCAUACGAUCACGCAUCCUUCGCUAGCGAAAAGACAAAAAGUAAAAGUGAAAAAUUCGGUUUGAGGGAAGGAAGUUCCGACGACUUCAAACUCCUCAAGAGACAAGUGUACAGCGAGGGCGAAAUAGGAUCGGACGAUGACAAGGACGGACAAUCCGCGGUGGCCAAAUUUAAAAAACUGUCGCUGCGGCAUCUGAAGGUGUGGAGGUGAAAGGUCGGAAAGCGGUCGAUCUCAGGAAAACGCUCCAGGCUCUUUCGACGCAUUACAGAAAACGACUUUUCCCAUUAAAGAAACAGUAUUAUUACAUAAGUAUUUGCAGACCGUGCAUCGGAAUAGAGAAGUGCCACCCCGCAUCGCAAAUCAAACUACGAAACGACGACAAUCGUAACAACUCUAGUCACACCGUAUUUAUUUUAAAAAACUCAUCCAGGAAUAUAUAUAUGUUGCUAUUUUUCACAGGGAGCACGGUGCUUUCUGUCAAGAAGGACUUUGCUACAUUAUAUUUUAUAAUCAUGUACUUCUUAUUUCUUUUACAUUUCGUCAACCGAUAACAAAUGUAUAAAUUCAAGUACUAAUUUUUAAUAUUUCAUUUUCAACGAUGGAGAUUAUAUCUGUAUAAUAGUAAAGCUUAUGAGUUUUUGAUCUCAUCAAAAGUAUUGACUAUUAAUGUUUUAAAGAAGUACAUUUGCUCUUUUAAUCAAAGAUCAAAAUUUUUAAUGACCAUAUUCUUAAAGGGAUAUCAUUAUUCAAAAGUUGAAGUAUUUUAAACAUAAAAAA